UCUCAAUCUCAUCCUGGACAAACAAAUCCGGGGGUCUUGCACGAACCCGAAGAAACAGAAAAAAUGCAACAACCAAGAAAAAUUAAAAAAUAAAUCUUGAUCGACAAAAAUUUUCACCCUCACGAGCUCCUCCAGAAAUUUCACCCACUGUUGCUACACUCAUAUUGACACUUUUCAAUUAGGGUUUUUUUCUGGAGGAUCAGGAUUUAAAUUCCGACCAUUGCCCUUUCUUUCGCAUCUCGUUGUUUAAUUUAGGUUUUACUUUCUUUUCAUCGUUACUCUAGGUUUCGAUUAGGGUUGUCCCAGAAAUGGGUACCGUGGAUGAUCGGACGUUUAAGGCUAAUUUUAGCGGUGAGGGAGUGACGAAGUUAAAAGAUGAGGUGAAGGAUAAACUCAAAGAGUUCAUGGGAGAUUACACCGACGACACACUUGUGGAAUAUGUUAUUGUAUUACUGAGAAAUGGAAGACGCAAAGAAGAAGCAAGGAAUGAGUUGAAUGUGUUUUUAGGAGAUGAUAGUGAUUGUUUUGUAUCUUGGUUGUGGGGUCAUUUGGCUUCAAAUUUGAAUUUGUAUGUUCAUACCAAGGAAUCUCACACGAAUGAAAUGGUAAAAAUGGAACCCACAUCAGGUGAUCAGGCUGGGAGCAGUGAUUCUCCUCAAUUGGAUUCUGAAUCUGAAAAAGGAAAGCAUAAUAAAUUAUCUAGGAGUCGGCACAAUAAAGAGUGGAAAGGAUUGGUGAAGAAUGCUGCAGAACCUCUACCUCUUUGUACCUCUAAGGUUGACAAUAUCGACUUAGAGGAAAAAUCAGGUCAUGAUGUUAGUCAUCCUAAAAAAACUCCUCAACCUAGAGUUCAAAAGAAAAGGAGCAGGCCCGAUGAGAGACAGCAUGCUAAGAGGGAGGUAGUGGGCCAACCACCUAUUGCUGCUUCUCGACGGCUACUUCAGUUUGCCGUUCGAGAUGCGGUGGGGACUACUAGGCCAUCUUGUUCAGGCCAAGAGCCAACAUUGAAACGUCUUCGUUCAGUGGUUUCUACAUCGUCUGCAGACUCGGAAUUGAUUAAACGUCGCCGGAGAAUUAGGUCGGUUGCAACAGUACCUAAUCCUUUAGCAACUGUGAUAAAAGCUGUGGCAGAAGCUGCUGAAGAUGUAAUUAAAGUUAAGUCUAUGGGAAGUGUAUUUGAUCGACUUGGUCGAGGAAUUGAUGUAUCAGAGAUGGCCGUUCCUCAUGAAGGACCUACAGAAGCUUUUGUUCAAGACCAAGAAUAUGAAAGUUUGGACCAAGUUCUGGAGCCAACCAGUUCACUUUAUGUUAAUAGACAUGAGUACAGUGGACAAUAUGUUGGGAACAUGAGAAUGACUGAAAGUGACAAUGGUUUGUCCUUUGACCCAAUAUCUGAUGAUGAAAGUUAUGAUGAUGUCAAUCAUAUGGGACAUCAAGUCACAGAUGUUUCUCAGUCAGGAGCAUCUGGUGAAAUCAAGGGUGAAGAUUCUCCAAUGUUGCAGUAUGGUGUAGCUAAAAAUGUUGAUGAUGUAAUGCAAAUACCGCGGAACAAAGAUCAUGAUCAGUCUCUUUUGGCAGUGAAUCCUUCCCAUAAGAUGGCUAACUUUUCUAUGAAUGUAAAUACUGGGAAACCUCUUCAUUAUCAGGAGCCAAGAGAUGUCCCAGGAUUAGAUAGUCGAAAAUCUAUUCAGCAGAUUGAGGCAGAGUCUGGAAAAUCUGGUGUGCAACUAAUGAAGGAGAAUAACAACCCUGCUAUUGUUGGUUAUGGAAAUGCAAAAUCUGUUGCAGAUAUUAAAAAAGAAUCUCAAAAGGUGCUGCCUUCUGCUCCUGGUAUAUAUCCUGCUGGUCGUCCUUUGGAGGAUGCUGAUUCUCGAACCAUUUUUGUAUCCAAUGUUCAUUUUGCUGCUACCAAGGACAGUCUUUCUCGGCAUUUUAACAAGUUUGGUGAAGUACUUAAAGUUGUUAUUGUUACUGAUGCUGCAACUGGGCAGCCAAAAGGGUCAGCUUAUGUGGAGUUUAUGCGUAAAGAGGCAGCAGUCAAUGCAUUAACUCUGGACGGUACCUCCUUUAUGUCACGGAUUCUAAAGGUGGUUAAGAGAAACGCUGCCCAUCAAGAUGCUGCUCCUCUUCUGACCUGGCCUCACGUUGCACGGGGCUCUCCUUAUGCUGCAUCGAGGUUUACCAGGGCUUCUUUCCCUAGAGGCAUUCCUGGUGCAUUUAGGCCUCGUCUUCCUAUUAAACCUGGUCCAAGGAGUUUGCAGUGGAAGCGUGAUGCUCAGGCCACUCCUGUUGAGACUGGUGCUCAAGUUCCUGGGAACACUGUUCUUUCCCCAACAGCACGAAGUCUUACCUAUGUUAGAAUGGAGCCUAAAGUAGAUGGGAAUUUGGAUACCACCUGAUUGAACAGUUCAAGUUGUUUUCCUCAAGACAUGCAUUUUGGUUGCCCCAUUCCUUCAGAAUGGAUUUGUAAGAACUGCUACCAUUAUCUUUCAUUAUCUGAAGGGAAAUGAUUUUGAAUUUUGGUGGACAUCUUCCAAAAAGUAGAGGGAGUAUCUGCACAGAUGUGUUGUGGCUGGGUUUUUUCGCAUUUUGUUUUAGUGGUUCCUUCUUGUGGAAGUACAAUAGAGAAGGAUGGAGGUAAAAAAGUGAAGGGAGGAGGGAGCAACGGUUGGUUCUGAGGGCGACUGGAGAUUGGUUCGAAUAAUUUCUUCUUUUGUCAAUCAUUCCAGCCCCUGAGUUAUAUGUAUACAUUAUUAAAUUGAAAUUUGUGAAUAGGGAGGGAACAGGUAGUGAUCUUUAUUUGAGGGGUUAUAUCUUUCAAUGUUUUUUUUUUCUUCUUUACUUGCCAUUGUUCAAUGAAAAUGAAAAAAAGAAAAAAACAGGGGAGGAAAUUAAAAAAAAAAAUUGAAUAGUCCUCGUUUUUAACCUUGUA